AUGAAGAAGGCGCUGCUGGUGCCGCUGGUCGUGGUGGCCUUGGCCGUUGGCCUCACCGCCUUCCACGCCAACUUCAUCUCCCAAGACCGCGUGGACUGGCGCAUCAAGUACCUGAUGGACCCGGCGGUGCGGCUGGUCUUCCGCGCGGCGGGCAUGGACAAGGACGAGGGCCGCUUCGACCGCGCGGCCUUUCAGCGCUUCAUGCUCUCCCACGAACCCACGACCGGAGGCGAGUUUGUGGACGGCGUGCGGAGCGAGGAUCUGCUGGUGCCUCCGCACGAGUACCCGCCCAACCCUCAUCCCCUCCUGGCCGACGUGGCCUCGCCUGCUCCCGCCGCAGUGUCCGUGCGUGUGUUUGAGCCGAAGUUGGAGAAGAAUGAGUCUCUUCCGGUCAUGAUCUACAUUCACGGCGGUGGAUUCACGCUGGGCACCGGGAAGGACUGGGCCAUGAACCACGUCGCCACGCGCUUCGCUCGUGAGGGCAAGAUGGUCGUGGUGUCCGUGGACUAUCGCCUCGCCCCCGAGCAUCCGUUCCCCGCCGCCAUUGAGGAUUGCUACUCGGUGCUGCAGUGGGUUGCGCGUCACGGGGACGGACACCCAGCGCUGGCCAAGGCCGACCUCGAAGAUCAUCACCGCAGCGCGGGCGGGAACCUCGCCGCUGUGCUGAGCCUGAUGGCCGUCGAGCGGAAUGCCCCGGUGCGUGUGGCCUACCAGCUGCUCAUCUACCCGACCUGCAUGGCGCCGCCCACCCCGUCCGCGAUUGAGUUUGCCGAUGCGUAUAUUCUGCCGAAGUGGUCGAGCAAGUUCUUCAAGUCGCAGUACCUUCUGGGCCACGACCACGCCAUUACGGCCCAUCACUACCUUAACCCGACCAAGGCUUCGUUCCUCGACCAAUCGCCGCACACCCACAUCGUCGUUGCCGAACUGGACCCUUUGCGCGAUGAAGGCAAGGAUCUUGGCGAGCAGCUGAAGGCGGCGGGCGUCGACUGCGAGGUGACGCAGUACAACGACACCGUGCACGGGUUCGUCGGCUUCUGGUUCCUGCCUGAGUCGGAGGCCUUCUUCGUUCACGCGAUCCCGCGCAUGCUCCACCACCUCCACCGCGAGGCCUGA